UAAUUUUUUAAAUAUGAAUACUUUAACACGAUGUCCUGGUAUUUAUUGCGGAAGAGAAUUAUUAUUAAAUAAAAAUUGGAGUGAUUGUGGUGCUUGUCCUCGUGGAUUUAGAACAAAUGGUUCUUCCGCAUGUAUUCCUUGUGAAGAUACACCUAUAGCCUAUGAUUGGUUAUAUCUUGGAUUCAUGGCAUUGCUAGCAUUAGUUUUACAUUGGUUUUGUAUCGAUGGAGUUUCAAUGAGACGAAACAUACCUAAAGAAGUCAUUGCACUGCAUCUGUCAGCAUUAUUUGAAGUUUUGAGUGCAUCACUCAUUACUUUACAAUUAACCGAUCCUAUCGGUACAUUUGAAAUAAGAUCUUGUAAAACACGUCGUCUUUCAGAUUGGUAUACGCUAUUACACAAUCCUAGUCCGAAUUAUGAAACAACUUUGCACUGUACUCAAGAAGCAGUAUAUCCUUUAUAUACCAUGGUUUUUGUUUUUUAUGCUCUUGGUAUAGUUAUUAUGUUGAUUAUAAGGCCAAUGAUAGCACAAAAGUUCUUACCUAAACAUGGAAAAUUUUCAAUAUACGCUGCUCUAUAUUUCUAUCCUAUUUUAGCACUUUUACAUGCUGUCGGAGGAGGUCUCAUAUAUUAUUCAUUUCCUUACAUCACUAUUAUUUUGUCAGUCUUAUCUAAUGCAGCGCAUUUUGCUUUCAAAUUAAAUCAGACCAUGAAGUCCCUAUUACUUAGUUCAGUUACAGAUGUGAAAAAUGCAAUAGUAAUAAUUGGUCAUUGGUUGUUACAUGGUUACGGAAUAGUGGCUAUUGCUAAACUACGUGGCAUUGAUUUUCAUCCUGCGAUGCUUAUCUUGGUUCCUUUACCUGCAUUGUUUUAUAUUUUUACAGCAAGAUUUACCGAUCCACAUAAAAUUGAUAUACAAUAAAAGGAAAAAUUGAA